AAUUUUCCUCGUUCUUUCCAUACAAAUCCAUCACCAACAUUCAAUUCUUUCAAUCUCUCAAAAGCCAAAAUUCCAUUACGUAAUUCAAAUUUUAGUUGUUCUUGAAAUAGGAAAUCAUUCUUUUGGUUAACCAUUCGAUUAGAAGCUUAUUGACCGGACUUAUUAGAUUAUUUUCACGGAUAGAGUCAUGGAGGAGUAAAAAGUACCCCGUACCAAAAAGUGUUAUUCUGUUCACAAGAAGUAUACGUUGUCCUCUUCUUUUUUUUUCCACACAAAUAGUUACCAACGUUUCAAUUCCUUCAACCUUUGAAAAGAUUCACUUUAUUUCCAUCUCAAUAUACUCCUUUCUUUUCCCUUCCCUUCACAAACUUUGUCUACUUCUCCUUCAAGAGAUCUAUCUAGCUCUUUGCUUCUUGAAAUCGGAACUUUUUUAUUUAACCAUCCGAUAUCAAAUGCUUUCUAUCUUUUAUUUUCAAGCUGAAACGUGGAAUAUCUGAUUAGGAGUGGAGGGAUCCCACCAACAAAUAUGGAAGAUGUUGAAGUUCCCGAUUUUUUCCUUUGUCCAAUAUCAAUGCAACUAAUGAGGGAUCCAGUUACAACAUCAACUGGAAUAACCUACGAUAGGGAGAACAUAGAGAAAUGGCUAGUCAAGUGCAAGAACACAACUUGUCCAGUCACCAAACAAGAGUUGUUGACCACAGAUCUCACCCCGAACCACACUCUUCGUCGUCUAAUCCAAUCUUGGUGCAUCAUGAAUUCUUCAGAUGGUGUUGAAAGCAUUCCAACUCCAAAGCCUCAAGUAACAAAAUCCCAUGUUUUAAAACUCAUUAAAGAAGCCAUGGUAUCACAAGAAAUGCAACUUUCUUGCUUAAGGAAACUUAGAUAUAUUGUCCAUGCCAAUGAGAGCAACAAGAGGUGUCUAGAAUCAUGUGGGAUUGUAGAUUUCUUAGCUUCAAUUAUAAUGAAGAAAGAAGUGGUUUUUAUUGAAGAUUCAGAGUUCAUGAUCAGUGGCAAAGACACCCUUUCACUAAUAGUGUCAUCCGAUGACAUUGUUUCACCAAAAGAUUCUGAAUUGGACGAGUUAAGUUGUGAUAAUAAUCAGACUCCAUGUGUACACGAGUACUUCACUAAGACAAGUGAUGAAGCGUUGCAUAUUCUUUUCCAUCUAAAUCCUUCUGAUGAGGAUCUAAAAAAGUUGGUCACCAAAGGUGGAGACGAACUUUUCUUGGAUUCUUUAUUACAUUUCUUGAAAUGCGGGAAUUAUCAAUCUCGAGCCUAUGCAAUAAUGCUAUUAAAAUCAGCAUUCAAUGUGGCUGAUCCAGGGCAAUUAAAUGGUGUAAGACAAGAAUAUUUUAAAGAAAUAUUGUCUUUUCUGAAUACUAACAAAUUAAUGUCACAACAAGCUAUCAAGGCUGCACUCAAAUUACUAGUGGAACUUUGUCCAUGGGGAAGAAAUAGAAUCAAAGCAACUGAAGGUGGAGGUGUUUCAACCCUAAUUGAGCUUCUUCUUGAUACAACAGAAAGAAGACAUUGUGAAUUGAUCCUUAUAGUUUUGCACCAACUUUGUAGUUGUGCCGAGGGCCGGGCCGAGUUAUUGAGCCAUGGGGCAGGACUAGCCAUUAUUUCCAAGAAAAUUCUUAGGGUUUCUCAAGUGGCAAGUGAUAGAGCAGUGAGGAUACUUUCUUCAAUUUCAAAAUUUUCAGCAACUCCUAGGGUUCUUCAAGAGAUGUUGCAAGUGGGAGUAGUGUCAAAGUUGUGUUUGGUAAUUCAAGUUGAUAGUUGUUCAAAGACCAAGGAGAAAGCAAAAGAAAUUCUAAGGCUACAUUCUAGGGUUUGGAGAGAUUCUUCUUGUGUUCCUCCUCAUUUGCUCUCUUCUUAUCCAUCGUAGAGAAAAUUAAUGUUGUUUUUGUCCUUUUCAACUUUUGAAUCUAACUUACAUAUAUCGAUGGUGUAAGAAAAUUUUACACUUUCAAUGUACUUUGACUUGUUAUGA